AUGUCGUUGUUUUCUAAACCACAGCAACCAGCCACGGGUGGUGGGAGUCUGUUUGCUGGUUUAUCUACACCCGGCGCGAACACGAAUACCAACCAACCUGCGCCGACAUCUUCCCUGUUCGGCGGCUCGACCAAUACGCAAGCACCAUCGGGUAGUCUUUUCGGAAACACGGUUGCUGGCUCUCAGGCGAGCUCUAGUCAGCCCGCCCAGACGUCUUCGCUAUUUGGAGGAUUGUCUGCGCAGCAGCCUGCUGGGAGUCUGUUCGGUGGUGCCCAGAACACCCAGCAAACACAACAGCAGCAACCGCAGGCGCAGACUGGAAGCUUGUUCGGAGGCUCGCUCCUUUCAUCGCAACCGCAAACGACAUCACAACCGCAGGCAGGAGGUCUCUUCGGCGGAUCUACCACAACUCAACAACCACAGACGGGGAGUUUGUUUGGUGGGACCACAACCCAGAGCCAGCCUGCAGCUGGUGGACUCGGGGCUACGACGACCAACCAAGCACAAGGUACUUCCAGUCUUGGAGCAACUCAACAACAACAACAGCAACAACAACAACCGAACGCGUCAACGAACGGCGGCGCGCUACCUCAGGGCAACACGACCGGUUACUUCGACAGUCUCCUCUCAAAGAGUAAGAAACAAGCAUCCGGAGAUUAUCCCCUCGAAGACCUUCCCAGCCUGCAGCUUGGCUUGGGCGACCUUCGACAGCGCCUUCGGAAAUUGGGACCGCAGACCGACCCUCUACAGCAUGGCAAGGCCCAGUACAUGCUGGCAGCCUCUGGCGUUGACCCUGGAGCUGCCGUGAAGGACCUCAAGUAUUUCAAUAUCCAGAACGCUGGGCGGACGGAACGACCUGCCGCUGGCUCCGCCCCUGCCGAGAUCGACGUCGAAGCAUACCUCGCAAAUCUACAGACAAAGACAACGCUGAGCAUGAUCGCCGACGGCCUCGAGAGAUCCGCUAGAGACUUUGACAACUUCCUGGAAGACAAUAUUACAAUGGAGUGGGAAGCGCAGAGAAAGCGUAUCUACGAGCACUUCGGCAUCAAGACACGGGACGACGAUGCUGCGGGAGCACCGGGCAGAGAGUCGCAAGGAGGUUUCGGUCGGUCACGAAGAGCUCCUAAGGCCUCCCGGUCGGCGGCUGCGAGUGUGAAGGGCAGUGCCUUCGGGCGAUCAAACCUUCAGAAGUCCGUCAUUGGGACACCUAGCAAGAUUGGAUCCCACCAAUCCGAAUUCAAAGACGUCGAGGACGCAAUAGGGACUUCGAUAGCGAACAAUGGUGCUACCAAUGACCGGUUUGUAAGAGAGAAACAGGGGAAUCUCGCAGAACGAAUACACCAACUCAAUUUGGCUCGGAUCGAGAAAACGCCAUACCCCAUCCUCCACGAGCUCGCCGAUGUGGAGAGCAAAACUGUGGAUAGACAUGCUCAGCAAUUGGUUGACGCUUACCACGCUGCCAUGUCUAUCGUGGACGAGAAUCCCGAAGCCGAGACAUUUGCUGGAGAUGCGACGGCCAAAGAACGCCAGUUUAAGGACAACUACCUAGACCCGAAUGACAAGUCCCUCGCUUCAGUGACGAUGCGAAGGAGGAUACUCAAUGGCGCGAAUCGCUUCCUCGAGAAGAAGUUCUUCAGCGAAGUGGAGAGCGUCAUUGCUAAACACCCCCGGGAAGCCAGCCUUGGUGGUCGUCCAGAUGUUAUCAGCAAGAUACAAGCUUAUGUCCGGUUACGACAUGCUAGGAAAGACCUUGUACCAGACAACAUCGAACUGCAGCAAGUUGAUGGAGAGUUCGUUUGGGCCGUCGUCUUCUUCCUAUUACGGGCUGGUCACAUCGCCGAGGCUGCUGACUAUGUCAAAACACAGUCGACGACUUUCCGGGCUAUCGAUCGCACGUUUGCAUCGUAUCUUCUCGAAUACGUGGCUAGUCCCGAGCGACGGCUGAGGCGUCAGCUGCAGGACAGAUGCAACAACGAGUACAACCAGCGCGCACGCAACGCGCCGGACAACUCGAUCGACCCUUACCGCAUGGCCUGCUACAAGAUCGUGGGCCGCUGCGACGUCAGUAACCGCACUCUCGAUAACCUGAACACCGAGAUUGAUGACUGGGUCUGGCUUCAAUUCAAUCUUGCCCGUGAGAACGACAAAGCAACCGAAGUGGCUGCAGAGUCAUAUGGCUUGAUGGACCUCCGAGCAAGCAUCAAGGAAAUCGGCCUGAAGCAUUUCCCCAAGAACCCUACCGAAGACACGAACAGCACGUUCGGCAUGUUCUUCUACCUCCAAAUACUGGCGGGCAUGUUCGAACAAGCGGUGGCGUACCUUUAUACCUUCUCCUAUGUCGAUGCUGUUCACUUCGCCAUUGGGCUUGAGUACUACGGGCUGAUCCGGCCUGCGGAUCCAUGGACUACUUCAGACACGCUCCUGUCGCACGACACUCGCUCCAAGCCUCAGCUGAGCUUCGGGCGCAUGCUGGGCUUCUAUACACGGGACUUCCGGGCGGCGGAUGUUGCAUCGGCGGUCGAUUAUCUCACGCUGAUCUGCCUCAACGCCGACUUAGGUGGCGAAGCGGGCCGGCAGCAGGCGGAGUUAUGCCACGUAGCCUUGCGAGAGCUGGUCCUGGAGUCUCGAGAGUUCAGUAAGCUUAUUGGCGACAUAAGACCAGAUGGACGCCGGAUCAUUGGUCUCAUUGAAGAACGUGGCCCGCUCAUCGGCCUGCGGGAAGAGGACGACUUUGUCAAGGCAGUGACCCUUCAGGCAGCCCGGUUCGCUGACGACAACGGGAGAACUACCGACGCGGUGCUGUUGUACCAUCUUGCUAGCGACUUCGACAGUGUGUUGACGAUUGUCAGCCGCGCCCUGAGCGAGGCUAUUGCACUCGAGAUUGGCGAAGACCCCAUGCGCCUCAUGCCGGUUAAGCCGCGAGCAAGCGCCGAGGAUGCCCAGGCGCAGCCCGGAAGCAGUCUGAGUCUCGCAUCGAUUGACGACCCGAUCCAGCUUGCUAUGACCAUGAUGUCGAUGUACGAGAAUGAUGCCAUGUUCUACACGAAGAUCGAGGACCAGAACCGGGUCGCUUGCCAUCUCCUGCUGCAGAUGAGCGGCAUCAAAGGCAUUGUUGAGAAAGGCGAAUGGCCCGAAUGUUUAGACACAAUCCGUGGCCUUGAUAUUCUGCCCCUUGAUGCCAACGGUGAUCCGGCUAAGAUCCGGCACUACGCAUCCAAGUUCUCAGGACUAUCCCAGACGGUUGCCAUAAACGUGCCGAAUCUGUUGAUGUGGACGAUCACAUGCUGUAUCCGACAGCGUGAACGGCUCAUGAGCGGACAGUUCAGCGGAAAUGAGGGCACGCGGCGGAUGAUGUGCGACAGCCUGAAGCAGAUCAGUCUGGAUUUGACGACAUACACGAGCCAGCUGAGAUAUAGGUUCCCUCCGCACCUGCACGAGGCUCUUGCGCGAGCCUCGGCGGAUUAA